UUUACCGGUAUCGACGUGUUCAGUCCUAUAUAUCAGUUGCUCCUAUAUAUCAGGCGCGAAAUGGUUUACUGAUCAUUACAGUUUUAAUAUACCGUGUCGUUUAAAGUGUUUCCCCGGAACACAUCGCACGCGUUCAAAUUUACUACACUUUUUGAGAUGAAAAAGUAUUAUGCGAAAAGUACAAAAUAUUUAAUGCAAAGGUGAAUUAUAGUCGUUCAACGAGUAUUUUUGACAAGUAAUAAACUGGAUUUUGACGGGUGUCGUAGACGGGAGAUGAGCGUGUAAGGUCGUAUUUAACAUAAGCUUUUCAUCGUUUCCGUCGUCGACCGGACGCGCUUCCGCGGAGGGACCAAGUCGACCAGAGACAGCGGCCACGGCGUUUCGCAAAUACCGUUUCAGGGAGGCGAGCGCGCGGAAAACCACUGCGCGAUCGGUGUCUAGGAACACCGACAGAUGGCUACGGACACCGAUGGUGGCGGCCCGUGGUCGUGGACAAAACGCGUGGUGGCCGGCGUGCACGUGGAACCGUUUGUGUGCUUUUACAUCAUGUCACGCACACUGAUGCUGUUGCCCACGCAAAACCUGAGCCUACGGAAGGCAUGCCGCGUGAACCUGCGCCUGGAUAACGCCACAUGCACCGUGCUGGAGGACGACCCAUCCAGCGCAUCCGCAGCUCAGCACGACGGUGAGGUGGCCACGCAACAGCUGGUCACCCAGAUGUUCAUAUGGCAGAUGAUCAUCCAGAGCAGCGUGCCGUGCGUGCUGGCCAUACUGAUGGGCUCGUGGAGCGACCGGAACCGGAGGCGCGUGCCGUGCAUGCUGAUGCCCGUGGCCAGCGAACUGGUCCACGUGGCCGGCCUGCUGGUGUGCGUCUAUUACUUUUACGAGCUGCCCAUGGAGAUGGUAGGCAUCGCGGAUGCGGUGCCCACGGCCCUGGCUGGCGGCAGGAUGGUGCUGUUCAAUGCCAUGUUCAGCUACAUCUCGGACGUAUCUAAGGAGGAAAUGAAAACCCUACGGAUCGGUAUAGUCAACUUGCUGUCCACCGUAGGUAUGGCGAUUGGUACAGCGUUAUCCGGCAUCACAUUUCGGGAAAUAGGUUUCUACGGUGUGUACACCACGUCAGCGGCACUUUAUGCGCUCGGUCUACUGUACGGUCUGAUAUUCAUCAAAGAAGUGCCACCGAACCAAUUUGGUAAUGCAGCACCGGUGAAGAGCGACGGCAUAUUUAAUGGUUUUUUCAAUGCAAAACAUAUUAAAGAUGCUUUUAAAGUCACGUUCAAAGACGGUCCACACAACCGGAAACUCAAAAUCAUCAUGUUGAUGUGGAUCGCAUUUUUAAUCAUAGGACCGGUGAAUGGUGAUCUAACAGUGUCGUAUUUGAACACGCGACUCCGUUUCAACUGGGAUGAGGUGGCUUUCAGUUUUUACUCAACGUACACUAUGAUCACUAGCGUGACAGGAACAGCAAUUUGUAUAGGCCUAUUCAGUCACAUACUCAAAAUUGACGAUAGCAUAAUUGGAGUGAUGGCUUGUGUCGGAAAAAUUGCUUCUGGCAUUUGUUAUGCUUUUGCAACGGAUAAAUGGAUAUUUUGUUUGGGACCAUUAGUCGACAUUAUGGGAGGCACGGUUUUCAUAACGGCCAGGUCAAUAAUGUCGAAAAUAGUCGAACCUAAUGAAUUGGGACAAGUGACGGCUAUUUACAGUAUCGUCGAAUCACUCGUUCCUAUUUUCUUUGGACCACUGUACAGUGCAGUUUACAAAAAUACCUUACACAUACUACCCGGAGCUUACAGUUUAAUCGGCUCAACUUUGGCUGUGCCGGCUACAGUGAUAUAUUUAUGGCUGUACAAAGAAAGUAAAAAAUCACAAAAACACAACUACAAAGCUGUUCAACUUGAUGAUAACAAUAAAGGCGAGGAAAUGAAAGAUUUAUAAGAACUUACAUACAAGAACAUUUCGAACCUAAGACAUUUUCAGAAAAAUAAAAUUGAACUUGGUUUGUAUGAUUAUCAGACUAUUUUAAUAUUAAUAUAGUAUUAUACGAGUAGUAAUAAUUAGUUACAAGUUUUUAAUUGU